CAGGUGGACCGAGAAAAUUACAGGGUUGUAUUGAGCAGUAGUUAUCCCUAUUUGGGAUUUGCGCUACAUAUAAAACGUGCGUUGUAGCAAACCAGCUCAGCAUGCUACUUUCUGUGAAGGCCUUGUUAAACAUACCCAGCACAGCGGCCUUUUCAUAUGUUGAGCAAAAUUCGUGUGAUAAUGUACGUUAGUUGUGAGUUCCGCAAUCAAAUAAUAUUUUGUGUUGUGAAUAGCAGAUGAAUAAUAAAACGGCAAGAAUAACAGUAUAGAUAAACUAAAAAGCCUGUUAUCAAGUGGUAUUUUUUUAUAACUAAUUUCGUAUAUAAACCAGAAUGGAAAUUGUUGAGUCAAAGGUAGAGUCCAACAAAAAACAGAUGAACGAAUCGUUAACAGCGCCGACGCUGUCCGUAGAGAACAGCGGCAAUAGUAACGUGACUAGUAGUAGUAAUUCUGUUAAAUGUGUUGCUGCUGCUGUGGCUUCAACAGCGGAAACAAGAACAAAGGAUAAUACAACAACAACAGCUGUAACAGUCGCAAAUACUAACUCAACUGAUUCAAUUGCUAUCGAGGAUAUGGAUAUCAAGAUGCAAGAAAAGCCAACGAAAAGCACAGCCACUACGGAAUUCGCCAAAGCUGAUGAGCUGAAAUGCCAACAACAGUCUGCCAAAUUAACAUCUGCUAAUACUGCUGCAACAACAGUUAUACAGAUCGAUGAUGAUAUCCCCAUUAUAUCGCUAUCGGAUGGAGAAGAUGCAGUGGGUCAGCAUACACCGUCAGCGAUACAAAAACCUAGCCGCAAACGAAAUAGCGCAGGUGCUGCCACAAUUGAUGAUGAACAAAAAUUUCGUUUAAAAAGGCGCAAGAUUAAAGUGGCCGGUGCGCCAAAGAUGCCACUCACGGGUUAUGUUCGUUACAUGAAUGAUCGACGUGAGAUACUACGUAAGGAACUGCCCACCAAAACAGCGAUUGAGCAUACAAAAAUUAUCGGUGAAGAAUGGCAGAAGUUGGGAGAGGACAAAAAAGCGCCCUAUAAGAAAGCAGCUGAGCUGGAUAAGCAACGCUAUCUCGCCGAAUUGGACACAUUCCUUAAAGAGCGGCCCGAUGUGUUGGCCUGCGAGCUGGCCAAGGAUAAACAAAAAAGCAAAAGUCCCGGCGAAGCUGGAAAACCGGUGUUGAAGGAGAAAUCACAAUCGAUUGGAAACAUCAAAUCACCGAAUAAGGAGCCAAAUGCCACCACAGCCGUCAGCAAAGAUAAAACACGCCACAGCUCGGAAAAGGAUAACUCGCCGACUCCAGCUGCAACAACCGUGGACAAUAAGCCGAGACGUAAGCGCACACCAACACCACCCAAGACAGGCGGCAAACAUAGUAGCAAUAACAACAACAACACCGCUUACGCUAACACAAACAACAACAACAGUAACAACCACAAUUCCACCUCCAGCAGUAAUCACAAUAGCCACUCAACAACAACUGCAACAACAAGCGCUAAUUCUGCAGCAUCACUCUUAGCCGCAACAGCCGCAACACCCGGCGAAAUUCCAAUUUUCACUAAUGAGUUUCUGGAACACAAUAAAGUUUUCGAUAUGGAAUUGCGUACGCUACGCAAAUCCAAAACAGAUGUGGAGCAACAGAAUGCUGUGCUGGAGAAACAUGUGGAGAAUAUGAAAUUUGGUGUGGAGAAAAUGACCAACGAAAAUGACGAGCUAGCGGAGAAGAAUCGUUUGCUCGAAUUGUAUUUGGAUAAGUUCAAGGCGAAGUUGGCGCAUGCGUUGUCCAGCUUGUCCAUACCUACGCAGCCGAAUGGCGCAACAAUGGACAAUAUCGAGAAAUAUAUGGCUGAUUUGUACAAGAUGGCAACGACAAACACACAUGGACCGGCUAGCCUCAAUAAGGCUAAAGAUAUUAUACGGAAAUUAGAUUUACAGAUUAAUUUGUAAAUGAGAAUAGUUAGUUUUGAGGGGAGAGUUUUGUGUGGGAGAGUUUUCUGAGCGAGUGAGAUUUAGUAAUUCUAAAAGUUAUUUCCAUUUAGUUUAAUGCAUUUGUUAGUUAUGCCGUGUUUCGUUCCCUCGAUAGUCGGGGUCUACGUUACCGGAACAAUCCAAAUUAAUUUAAGUAGGUCUGUAUGUAUAUCCGGCCAGGCAUUGUUUUUUCAGCAGCACUCCCUAGACAUUUAUGGGGGAAUUGAUUGCGCUGUUAGAACAAAAACAACAACCUAGUUUUGUGUGCAUCAAAAUCUCAUUUAUCAAAUGUGUUUUGGGGACAUUACAACAACAUAAAUGGUAAACUACUUUGCAGUUUAGUCGAUACAGACUAAGAAAGAGUAAGAAAGCAGACAAUACGAGUGUCGUUUGAAAAGUACAUGCAAAACAUAAGAACUGCUUAAUUUUUUUGGGGUAAUCCUUUUUUUUCGACUUAGUCUUCUUUUAGACUUUUACACUCCAUCCAACGCUUUUCUAGUUUGUUGAUCGCUACCGAAUUAUAGAAUUUGUGCAAGUCUGAAAAACAGCCGUUCGUUUGUGCCACCUCGUUUGAAUAAAAUCUUUUUCCCGCUUGCCAUUGCUUCGAAUUGGGGAACAAAUAGUAGUCCGAGCGAGCCGAGUCUGGAGAAUAGGUGGGAUGUGAAACGAGUUGGAGCCUAAUUUCCAUUAAUUAUGCGACCACCACAACUGGUUAGGCAUGAAAUUCCACACACGAAAUUCUUGGGUUUCAUAUUCACAUUCAUUUUUGGGUUUUUUUUUUUGAAAAUCACUCGACUUUCUCGAUUCAAACGAAUGCCAAACACAAAGAAAUAGACCGAUUUGGCUGAAACUUGGUGUGUGUUCUGCCAAGAGAUGCUACUUACUAAAAACAACCUCGAUAUGCGUCAGUAGUGGCAACUCACUGAUUACGCACGGACUUUUCAAAGGACUUUCGGAAUGAAUUUCCGAAAGAAAUAUUGUUGUUGUUGUACAGUAUAGAAUAUUUCCUAAAAUUCUUUAGAGGAUGCUGCUAAAGUGAUGAUAUUUGGGCGGCUAUAAAUAUAUUCGAAUCUAAAAUUAAAUUAUUGUGUGAAAGUACCAAAACAAAAAAAAAAUCGAGUUUAUGAACUGUUUGAAGUGGAAAUCGAAAAAAUUAAGCAGUAGAGCAGUUUGGCUCAAAAAAUUACCUAAACUUAUUUUAAAUUUCUUGUUCAAUAAUCUAUGAUUGCGUGGGCGUAGGAAAUGAAUAGAAAAGCUGAUUAUGAGCGAUGGAAUUUAAAAGGUCCACCAGAGAUGCACCGCGAAAUUGUUGUAAAAACGCAAAAACAUUUUGUUUUUUUCAUCUAUUGAUAAAAUCAACGUUAAUGUGCAUCGCUGCGCUAAGCAACAAGCAACGCUUAGUUUAGAAGUUUAAGUUGUGCAGGUUUGGUUAAGAUUUUUUUUUAAGGUUACGUUCGUCUCAUUUUUAAAUUCCUACUAAGUAUUUUUGCUCCUUAUUGAUAUUAGUAUUUCUAUAUUUAUGGGUUUUAUUUGGUAUUAUUAUGUUUGUAGUCUAAAUGAAGCAUUUAUUUCUAGUGUGACUAAAUUAAAAAAAAAAAAAAAAAAUCUUUAACAAAUCAAAAUCAACACUCUAAAUCAUAUCAGAGUUUGUACAUAAAAAUAAAUAAAUAAAUAAAAUUGGUAUUUUCGUAAAAUUAAGGCUUCUUAAAAAUUGAAUAAUAAUUUUUAGCAACAAAAGCUACCGUUUACGAAUAAUAUCAAAUAAUUAUUGACUAAUUGUGUGAAUUAGUGUGUGAUUGUCCAAAGAAUAUGUAAGCGAAAAAUAUUUAGAGGUAUUUCAAAAGUAUUGCAGUCGUUGCGUUUCCAUGUAAGCUGAUUUUAUGUGCAAAAUGGCCACUAGUUGAUGGCCAGACAAGCUUUUACAUUUAAUUUUUUUUAAGUUUGCAUUAAA